AUGGCGGAUAAGUUAUUUCUAUCUGCAUCUAACUUGCUUGACCGUGACAUCACUUCAAAGAGUGAUCCAAUGGCUGUGAUGUACGCAAAGAAAAGAGAUGGAAAACUAGAGGAGUUAGGUCGCACUGAGGUUGUAUUGAAUAGUUUGAAUCCUGCAUGGAUAGAAAAAGUUACAGUUGCAUUCCAGUUCGAGAUUGUGCAGCCAUUGGUAUUUCAUGUAUAUGAUGUGGAUUCAAAAUAUCAUAAUGUACCUGUGAAGACGCUAAAAUUGAAUGAUCAAGAAUUUCUUGGAGAGGCUUCUUGUGUUCUAUCUGAGAUAGUGGCUAAACAAACUCGGAGUUUAACCCUAAAUCUCAAUAACAAAAAUGGGCAUACGAGCUUGAGGAACUUGGGGGCACUCACUAUCCAUGUAGAGGAAACAGUUUCUUCGAGGAGUUGUGUUGAGAUGGUAGUCCAUUGUUCCCACUUGGAUAACAAGGACCUAUUCUCUAAAAGUGAUCCUUUCUUAAGAAUAUCUAGAAUUGUUGAGAGUGGAGGCUUUAUUCCAAUAUGCAAAACUGAAGUGGUGAAGGACAAUUUGAAUCCAAUUUGGAAACCCCUAUGCCUGAGCAUACAGCAGUUUGGAAGUAAGGAUAACCCAUUAAUUAUAGAGUGCUUUGAUUUCAAUAGCAGUGGCAAUCAUGUGCUUAUUGGUAAGCUCCAGAAGUCGGUGGCAGACCUGGAAAAACUUCAUAUAGAAAGACGUGGUGCAAAUCUCACCUUACCAUCUCCUCAUCAGGAUCAUGAGAAGGUUUUGAAGGGACAGCUAUUUGUGGAUCAAUUUUGUGAAAAGCAACAGUACAGUUUUUUGGAUUACAUUUCCAGUGGAUUUGAGCUGAACUUUAUGGUUGCUGUUGACUUUACAGCCUCAAAUGGAAAUCCUCGGAAUCCAGAUUCUUUACACUACAUUGAUCCUUUUGGCCGGUUGAAUCCUUAUCAACGGGCUAUAAUGGAGGUUGGGGAGGUCAUUCAGUUUUAUGAUUCCAAUAGGCGCUUUCCUGCUUGGGGCUUUGGAGGAAGAACAAUUGAUGGUACCAUAUCACAUUGUUUUAACUUGAAUGGAAGUACAGGUGCCUUUGAGGUUGAAGGAGUUGAAGGCAUCAUGGCUGCUUAUGCAAGGGCUCUCCAUAAUGUUGCCCUGGCAGGACCCACUUUAUUUGGCCCAGUGAUUAACACAGCUGCACAAAUUGCUGGCCAGUCCGUCUCGUACAACAGCAACAAAUACUUUGUCUUGCUCAUUAUUACGGAUGGAGUCAUUACAGACCUGCAAGAAACAAAAGACGCUUUGGUCAGGGCAUCCGAUCUGCCUCUAUCUAUCCUUAUAGUCGGAGUGGGAGGUGCAGAUUUUAGAGAAAUGGAGGUUCUUGAUGCUGACAAUGGAAGACGGUUAGAGAGCUCUACAGGUCGUGUGGCUACACGUGACAUCGUGCAGUUUGUUCCAAUGCGAGAAGUGCAUGGUGGGCAGAUUUAUGUGGUCCAGGCUCUAUUGGAAGAGCUACCUGGACAGUUUUUGACAUACAUGCGUUGUAGAGAUAUCAAGCCAAGUCCUCUCCAUGCAGCCUCAAGCCCUCAACUUCUGCUUGACUAACAGUUACCAUGUUCACAAGAUUUAUAAAUAUGCUAAUUCUGAUCUGAUCAACUGAGAAAUUUUAGGUCUG